GCUGCACACUAGAAAUAAGAAACAACAAAAGUCAAGUAGUGAAACAACAUUAAAAAAAAAAUCAACAUUACGGAGUCACAAGUGACAAUCAGAAGAUGCCACGGGCCCCUGACCAGGAUGAGGCCGAUGAGCUAUAUCAGAACAACUCUGUAUCUUGGCUGGCCUGUGGUGCCCUCUCGCUGCUUGCCAAUGCCUGGAGCAUCCUGAGUCUGGCCAGCCGUGGAGGGAGUGGCCAGCGCCCCCGUCCUCUGGAACUGCUCCUCUGCUUGCUGGCAGGAACACACUUACUCAUGGCAGCUGUGCCCCUCUCUCUGUUUUCAGUGGUGCAACUCAGACGAAGACAUUCACCGGGUUAUGAGUGGAAUGAGGGUUUGUGCAAGGUGUUUGUGUCUACGUAUUACACUCUAGCACUUUCCACGUGCCUGACUGUGGCUUGCCUAUCUUACCACCGGAUGUGGAUGGUGCGGUGGCCCGUCAGUUACAGGCUGGGGGGUGCACGGAGACAAGCCCUUCAAGGGGCACUGGGGAUUUGGGCGGCUUCCUUUGUACUGUCCACCUUGCCAUCCAUUGGGUGGCACGACAACGCCCGCAGAUUCUACACCCGCGGUUGCCACUUCUUGGCCAGCCGGAUCGGCCUGGGCUUCGGGCUGUGCUUCCAGUUGCUGUUGCUGGGAGGGGUGGGCACUGGACUCGGGUGUUUAGGUGUGACUUUGUACCAUGCUUGCUGCUGCCCUGCCUCAGGGCAGAGGGGAGGAACAGGCGAAGCUGGAGCAGAGGGAAUGCUGGAAGUCCCAGCCAUCGUGGUGCAAGAUGCUCAGGGAAAAAGACGCUCAUCUUUGGAUGGGUCAGAAUCGCCAAGGACCGCAGCACAGGUCACCGGUCUGGUCGGGGGGAUUGUGCUGCUGUACGAUGCUCUGACAGGUCUACCCAUACUGGUGGUGAGCUUUAUAAGUCUCCGCUACGAUAGCGCCCCCCCAUGGAUGGUCCUGUGCGUCAUAUGGUGCUCCAUGGCACAGACUCUUUUACUGCCCUCCUUCAUCUGGUCCUGUGCACGGUACCGGGCUGACUUGCGCACUGUGUGGGAGCACUGCGCCUCCAUGUUGUCCGACAGUGCGGGAGAUGAAGACAGUGCUCGGGAUGACUUCUCAGACGGCCGGCUGUGCGAAGUCCGCUUUGAUUCCAAUGGUGCUGCCAUCAAAAGACCUCCACACUACCUGGGAGGGGACCCGAGGGAUGGGAAAUACAUCCCGGUGAGACAUGUCCUUCUGCCCACAGACCGGAGCCAGUACCUGCAGGUGCAUCGACACCAGGCUGCCCUCUCACGAAGGAUGUCGCAUGAUGAAAUUGAUCUAUUCCCCCUUCGCUCAACACCUCUCUUGCUCAGGUGGUCUUCCUCAGAUGACAUUCGGGGCGGGCCUGGAUCCAUGCGUGGAAGCAGUCCAUCCACCCCCCGUCGGGCUCACGACUUGCCACCUUGGGGCCGCCACCCGAGAAGAGAUUCGGACGACGGUCUGAGCACUCUGCACCAGUUCUUGCAAAGCGGCAUGGGAGGACCUGCAGGAAUGGGCAGCGGCAUCCACAAUUCCUUCUUUCGAGAUGAAAUAACUUCCUAUAUCGAUGACACACCCUGCCCUUCACCCCUUGGGACACCCCACCGAGUUCGGUCAACCCCUAGGCCCUCACCACUCCCUAGAAAGGGACAUGACGGAGGCAUGGCCUGGGCUAGUGUAGGAGAACGACGGCUAUCUCUGUGCAGCCCGCCUCUUGCCCUAACCGAAACCCGUAGGUCCUCCUUGUCUGAACGGGGUUGUAAAGGUGGGGCAACAUAAUGACAAAUUCUUCAAGAGCAUACAGGGUCGAUAACGCUUACCUCCUUUAUAUCAGCAACCCCGGAACUGAAGAUGGUUGCAAAUGGACCCUCCCUUUAAAUAUGUUGUUCUCAGGCAUACCAGAUGUUAU